AACAUAAAAUUCUAUGUCUCUCUUAUUUAAACAACGUUUGUCUUUAACAAGUUGUUUCUUUUAAAUUGGUUGACAUUUGAGUCUUAAUUAGUGUGCAUCCUGUUGAUCAUUCAUAAAUCGUAUUUAACUAAGAGAGGAGAUUCAUUGGAAUUAUAUACCAGAUAAUUCGGAAUAAAUUCGUUACAGUAUGAGAUCUGAUAACAGCGGAGGUUAUUCAGCAUUAAGACUAAUAUUUGCAUUAGUAUUUGGUCUUUUUGUGAUUUGUGUUCUUCGAGCUCUUAUCCUUUUCCCUGAGCCUAAGAGUCCUGAACCAUGUGAAGUUUCUGCCGAUCAUCAGCCUAUCACUAAAGAACACGGAAUUAUUGAAAGAUUCCAAGAAGCUUUGAAAAUCAAGACUGUAGCAUGGGAUAUACAUUCUUAUGAUACUCAAGAGUUAAUCAAAAUGAGACAUUUUAUCGAGAAAAAUUAUCCAACUCUCCAUUCAUCAUCAUUGGUUAAACGGACGAUUAUCGGCAAUUACAGUCUUGUGUAUGAGAUCAAAGGAAGUGACCCAAAGCUUAAACCCUACAUGUUAUGCGCUCAUCUGGAUGUUGUACCAGUUGAGCAAGAAAAAUGGACAGUUGACCCAUUUGGAGGCAUCAUUAAAAAUGGGUAUAUCUAUGGUCGCGGAGCUGUUGAUGUCAAAGAUGCUUUGAUGGGAAUAUUGGAAGCUGUUGAAUUUGAAUUAUCAAGAGGAUUUAAACCGAAACGUCCCAUUAUAUUAGCUUUUGGCCAUGACGAAGAGGUUACAGGAAUUGAUGGUGCUGUUCAGAUUGCAAACUUUCUUGUAUCGAAAAAAGUAGAGCUUGAAUUUUUACUUGAUGAAGGCACUUGUAUUCUGAAAAAUGCUUUUCCCGGUAUACCAAAGGAACAAGUCGCUCUGAUCUCAGUCGCAGAAAAGGGCUAUUUGACUGUUGAGGUGUCAAUAGAAGACAAACCAAGACAUUCCUCUACUCCACCUUAUGAACCAAACAUUGUCACUCUAUCAAAGGCACUUGCUAAGUUCAACUCCCGUGCCCAUAAGAGUAUGUUCGGAUAUGGUACAGAAAAUAGCUUCUUCGAAUCUUUAGCCCCUCACGCUCAAUUCCCUUAUAAAGUACUAUUCGGAAAUCUUUGGCUUUUUGGUCCUCUUGUAUCUUAUAUGAUGAGCCUCUCACCUAUGGGAAAUGCAUUGGUAAGGACAACAAGUGCGGUUACAGUAGUAAAGGGUGGUGUAAAGGAUAACAUAAUAUCGAGUGAAGCAUCAGCCUUGAUAAACCACCGAAUCCAUCCAGCUCAAACAAUUGCUGAAGUUGUUGAAUAUGAUCGUCAAUUGAUUAAUGAUGACAAAAUCAAGAUAUCAAUCAAACAAGGAUCUGAACCCACUCCACCUUCCCCUCAUGGUGAUAAUAUUUUUGGCUAUGCAUCAAUUAAGCAAAGUAUCCAACAAGUCUUUCCAGAUGCAAUUGUAGUCUCGGGGUUAAUGAUUGCUGGUACAGAUGCGAGACAUUACACUGCUCUAAGUCCGAAUCUUUAUCGUUUUACUCCAUUAUAUAUUCCAAGUGAGGAUAUAAUCUUGUUCCAUGGCCAUGAUGAGAGAAUUUCCGUUGAAAAUUAUGUAAAAGCAGUUAAUUUCUAUCAUCAUCUGAUUUUAGCAGCAGAUAGAUCGGAGUUACCCAAACCAAGAGUUAGAGAUGAAAUACUGAAAGAAAACGAAAGAAGUUGAGAAAAGAGUAACAUCAAAGUGAGAUUAUCAAAGUGUUAUUACAUGCUGGUUAUUGAGACGCUUCAGAUCUAAGAUUUGAGUUGUUUUUAUUGCACAGAUGAUAUCCUAGUCUAGUUAUAUCAAAUGAGUUAAUCGUGGCUAAGAUAAGGGUUAAGAUUUUAAUAUCUUAUAUUUUACAUCUAAUAUAAUGAAAAAUUAUUGGAAUUUUUAAACAUAAUGAUUGAUAUUAUCAAUAAUAUGAUACAUAAUGUAAUAAAUUGUCAAAAAACCAUUACUUUAGGUGAAUGAAAGCCAUAAUUGAAAUGAACAAAUUAUACUUUCAGAUUAUCAAAUAUCGAAAAGAGCUUUAUUUUAUUAAAUCAAUGAAACUAUUUUGUGAAAAUAACAUCAAAAAACAUUUUUAUCUCUAAUUUAAUUCGAAAUAAAAAAUGUCGAUUUAGA